AUGCUCUCCGACCUCGUCGCGGGCGCCGGGUGCGACGUCACGGGCGAGAACAACGCGCUCGCCAAGCUCAGCGGCGCGAUCUACGGCGGCCUCGAGCGCGAGUAUGCUCGGCGUGAAGGCGAGGGCUCGUCCUCGUCGGCCUUUGCCGGGCCGUCUUCAGACAGUCUCCCGCCGAUGAGCGAAGAGGAGGCGGCCUUCCGGGCGCGCUUCACCGGCGGGCCUAGCGAGCCGGCAGCCUCUACCGCUGUCUCAGGCGGCUACGCAUCCGGCGCGAGCGGCUACGUCGGGUUCGCCGAGCACCGCCCGCCGCGCUGGCACCCUCCGCAUGAGCGCUCCCUCCCUCGCGGCGGCUUUGCGCCGCCGCCCGAGCUGGCGCUGUGGGAGUCGCUGCGAGGCGAGGUGGAGGGGCUCGACGGCCUCGCUUCCCCUCCGUGGGGUGAGGAGGGAGGGGCAGCCGGCGCUGCGGAGGAGCAGCAGUACGCGUUCCGCGAGCCAAACCCGUUCCUCGGGGCGGGCGGCGGGAGGGAGGGGCUGGUGCAGGCGGGCAGCGAGCUGCUGGGGCAGGGCGACCUCCCGCGAGCCACCCUCGCCGUGGGGUGCGACCUGCCGCAAGCGAUCCUCGCCCUCGAGGCGGCCGUGCGGUCGGAGCCUGCUCGCGAGGCGUCCGAGUCGACCCAGCUGGACGAGGCGGGGAGGGAGGAGGCGAGGCGGGAGUCCGUCGCGUGGCAGCUGCUCGGCCAGAACCUCGCCGCCCUGCUGGCCCUCGGGGUCUCGUACACCAACGAGCUGGACGCGUCCCGCGCCCUCGACCACCUCCGCCUGUGGCUGCGCCGCCACCCGGACUUCGCCUCGCUCGCGCCGGCCGAAGAGGAGGCGCAGCUGUAUCUUAGGGUGGGCAAGGGCAAGUACGACGUCUGGGCGCGGCAGGCCGACACCACCGCCCUCUUCCUGCGCGCCGUUGGCAGGGCGCCGCACAGCGCCGACUUGCACGCCGUGCUCGGCGAGCCGCACACAGCCUUGUCGCAUGGCGUGCUGCACAACCUGUCCCGCGAGUACGGCGCUGCGGUCUCCUCCUUCGAGCGGGCGCUCGAGCUGCGGCCGGAGGACUACUCGCUCUGGAACAAGUUGGGCGCGACGCAGGCGAACGCGAUGAGCUGCGCCGCCGCCGUGCCUUGCUACGUGAGGGCGCUCGAGUUGCGGCCGAACUAUGUGCGUGCGCUGACCAACCUCGGCAUCUCGUAUGGCAACCUGAGCGAGCAGCGCGCCGCGGCGCAGUGCUACCUCAAGGCCCUCUCCCUCAACCAAGACGCCGCCCACGUGUGGACCUACCUCACGAUGGUCUUCUCCGCAAUGGGCCGGACGGACUAUGUCCAGAUGGCGGCCGCCACCGACCUCGCGGCGCUGUGUGCAGAGUUUGAGGUCUGAGGGCCCAGAGAGGAGGCGCUUUGCACUACGGGCGGGAGGCCUCGACAACAGCGAGAGAACAGAGUCGCAGAGUGCUGUGGGCCGAGACGCGCGCGACACUACAGGGACUCCUGAAGGUGCGGUGGAUGCUCGUUUCCUUCAGGCGGAUCACGCUGGGUGCGAGACCUGAUCACGCUCGUGUCAUUAUCGAGACAUGUGCAUGCACAUGUGUGUGGCGCGGGGGGCUCAGCGCUCUCGCGCUGCGCAGCUGUGGGUGUGGUCUAAAGCCGUGUGGGGGAGAGGUGGUCGCGCGCGUAUGUGUGUAUCUCCUCUUAUUCUCUCAGCACUUCU